GAGAAUGCGAGACAGGGAGGGAAAAGUGAGAGAAAAGAAACAGAAAAAGGAGUAACUUCCUCGUUGCUACAUGAAAACGUAGAAAUACAAUUAUUGCAAAGGGCUCAGAAUGACACUGAGCCAAUCGUGUUGGAGGGGAAGUGCCUGGUGGUUUGUGACUCCACCCCCUCAUCGGAACCGUCGGGUAACGCUCUGGGGAUGUCGGUGCGGUCGGGGACUGGUCGAGUGGCGUUCUCCGCUGUCAGGAACACCAACCACGAACCCUCAGAGAUGAGCAACCGUACUAUGACCAUAUAUUUUGACCAGAUCCUUGUGAAUGUGGGCAGCCAUUUUGAUCCAGCACGGAGCAUCUUCGUAGCGCCAAGAACAGGAGUCUAUAGUUUCUGUUUCAAUGUGGUCAAGGUCUAUAACCGACAGACCAUUCAGGUGAGUCUGGUUUUAAAUGGACAUCCGAUCAUCUCAGCCUUUGCCGGGGACCAAGACGUGACCAGGGAAGCAGCCACCAACGCUGGCCUGGUCACCAUGGAGAGAGGAGACAAGGCUUAUCUCAAACUGGAGAGAGGGAACCUGAUGGGGGGGUGGAAAUACUCCACCUUCUCUGGGUUUCUGGUGUUUCCUUUGUAA